AUGGAAGACAGUAUAGCCGAAAGUGUUCUUUUGGACAACUUCAAGUCGUUUGGGGCCGGUGGGUUUGGAGGAGUCUGUGCUGUGAUCACAGGACAGCCCUUUGAUUACACCAAGGUCCUGUUGCAGACUAACCAGUACAAAACGUCUAUGGACUGUAUAAGGGGCACUUUAUCCAAAGGUGGUCCGCUGGGUUUUUACAAAGGAGUCACGUCGCCACUUUUGGGAGUGACACCAAUGUUUGCAGUGUCUUUUUGGGGAUACGACGUGGGAAAAAAGCUGGUUUGCGCCGUUUCUGGUUUGGAUCCCCUAAACUCACCCCUCACUAUAUCGCAAAUCAGUGCGGCCGGGUUUUUCAGCGCAAUUCCCACGACGCUGAUCGCGGCGCCAUUUGAACGCGUCAAGAUCGUGAUGCAGACCUCUGCCGCCAAGGUCUCGUUCGCCCAGACCGUUUCCAGCCUGUACAAACAGGGCGGAAUCAGAACCAUCUUCAAAGGUUCUGCUGCCACCUUAGCCAGAGACGGUCCGGGUUCUGCGCUCUAUUUCGCAACAUACGAGUAUCUCAAGAAGGAAUUGAGUCCUUCGAGCGGUGAGACCUCGAUCGCAGCAAUCAUGACCGCCGGAGGAUUCGCAGGAGUGGCCAUGUGGACAGCCAUCUUCCCCGUGGAUACCAUCAAGAGUGUGCAGCAAUCGUCUGAAGUGAGUCGCUCAAUGGCUGCCACCGUGUCGUCUAUUUAUUCAAAGGGAGGAAUCAAGGCGUUUUUCCCCGGCCUGGGCCCUGCUUUGGCCAGAAGUUUCCCUGCUAACGCUGCCACCUUUUUGGGAGUCGAGUACGUGCUGAAACGGUUCUGGGUCCAGUUCGAAAAGAUCUUCCCCUUGUGGAUGGCUCCCAACGUGGUCACUUUGUCGGGGCUGAUGUUCAUCGUGGUAUCUCUGCUGGUCAUGUUGUAUGUGGACCCGACGCUCGACCAGGAAUCGCCUCGCUGGUGCUACGUGCUGUACGCCGUGUCCAUCUUCAUGUACCAGACGUUUGAUGCCUGCGACGGGAUCCACGCUAGAAGAACCGGUCAGUCCGGCCCAUUGGGCGAGCUAUUCGACCACUGUGUCGACGCCGUCAAUACCUCCAUGUCUGUGCUGAUCUUCGCGUCGGUCGCAGGCCUGGGCAGAGGCUGGAUGGUGUACCUUUCUCAGUUCGCAACCCUCAUGAAUUUCUAUCUCUCCACGUGGGAAGAGUUCUACACGCACACACUGUUUUUGAGUGAGUGUUCCGGCCCCGUGGAGGGCAUUCUGUUGCUCGUGGUGUUGUUCUUCAUCACGGCGUUCGUGGGCCCCCAGUUCUGGAAAGUUGAGGUCUUCACGCUCGACCUCUCCUCGAUCAACCUGUCUUCCAACUACCCAAUUGCGGCCCUCAAACUCGCGCUCACCUUUGCUGGGUUCUUCCUCUACUUCAACAUCUACUCUGCCAGGCGUAACGUGAUCCAGCAUGUGAAAUCUAAAAAGGAACAGAGCCAAGCAAUGCAAGGCCUUGUGCCUUUCUUUGCGUACUACGCCAGUGUGUUUGUGCUGCUUUUUGUCCACGACCAGAUCAGAACCGUCUAUACAAUCCCAAUGAUGCUCACCAUCGGCUCGACUCUGGCAUUCACCGUCGGCCGUAUCAUCAUCGGCCAUCUCACCAAACAGCAAUUUCCUAUCUUGAACUUGCCAAUGCUGCUCCCUACCGUGCAGCUGUUGAUCAUCCCGCUGCUCACCAAGGUGUACAGCUGCGAUUACGACCAAACAGUGGCUGCCGUCGUUUACCUCGGCUUUGGUGUUGCUCUAGGAGUCCACGCCAUGUUCAUCUUGGAGGUGAUCUACCAAAUCACCACCUACCUGGACAUCUACACCCUCAGCAUCAAACAUCACAAGCAUGGAGCCGGAACUAGUCAUCAUUCCACUAAAACUCCAUCGGUUGGCCAAAUCAUCACGUCUAGCUUAUUGAGCCUUGUUGGUGGCGUCACCAGUUCCUGCAGCAAGCAAGUCGUUGCUUCCUUGUUGCAGCUGCAUCUCCUUCUCCAUCUCGUGCAAUUGAGUCUCUCCAAAGAUACCCAGGGCCAAAGGAACACCAAGGAUCAAGGCAGAAGAGGUGGCAAUCCACAGUCCGUUACCAAGCUUGUUGGCAAGAGUGGCGGCAGAAGAGUAGACAGAGUUGUAGGUGGAGACAAUGUAUUGUCUUUGCUCUGGCAGAAUCAUGUCUUUGAGAGCCUCGAAUCUCUGCAAGAAGGUUUCGUUUUCGUCGAAUUCGUCUUCAGAGUCGAUUUCAGACUCGGAGCCGGUAUCUUCUUCGGCGGCGCCAAAGACCUUUUGCUCUGGCUUUUGCUGGCUUUCGUCUUCGAUUCUUGUGAGGGUGACCAUUGCGAAUGA